AUGAGGUUCGCUUCCCAGGGUGGGCUUCGCCCACUGCUCUCGGUAUGGCUUGCCGUUUCGUAUUUUCUUCCGCUCAGUGGCGCAUAUCGGGACGUGUCAGACGCGGCCCUAAAGGCGCUUCCCCGGCCGGGAAAGGACUUUGAUAUCCACGACGGCGCCAUCCUCUCGCCCAUUCUUAUCCCUCGUGUCCCAGGAACUGCUGGAUCUACGGCGGUUCUUAAUCAUUUUGUCGAUUUCUUCCGGAACUCACUCCCGAAGUGGAACGUCGAGUUUCAGAACUCAACUUCUACGACGCCUGUGUCGGAUGGAAAGGAGGUCCCUUUUGUGAACUUCAUCGCCUAUCGGGAUCCUCCCUUCGCAGCCAAGGGCGAUGUGGGAAGAUUGACCCUCGUCGCCCAUUACGAUAGUAAAUACGAGCCUAAAGGCUUUAUCGGAGCCAUUGAUAGCGCUGCUCCGUGCGCGAUGAUUAUGCAUGCGAUGCGCAGUAUCGACGAGGCCUUGACAAAGAAAUGGGAAUCCGGCUCUCCUGACGAUUAUCUCGAGUACCACGGAAUCCAGAUCCUUUUCUUGGACGGCGAAGAAGCCUUUAAAGCAUGGACUGACACUGAUUCUUUGUAUGGGGCUCGCUCACUUGCCCAACAUUGGGAUUCUGAAGUAAAUCCAGCAAUAUCGGUCUACAAAACGCCGCUUUCAUCCAUAUCCCUGUUCGUUCUCUUGGACUUACUGGGUUCCAAAAACCCAAUAAUUCACUCUUAUUAUCGAACAACGCACUGGGCCUAUCAGAAGCUGGCGAAUGUUGAACGUCGCCUUAGGGAUCUAAAGAUGUUCAAGUCGAACGGCGAGACCUGGUUUCCUGACAGCUCAACAAAUGAGCGGCAAUUAUCUUAUUAUGGUAGCUUGGGGGAUGACCAUGUCCCAUUCCUCAAACGUGGAGUGGACGUCCUGCACGUCAUCGACUACUCGCCCACGCGCGGUGGAUUUCCAAGUGUCUGGCACACCAUCAAGGACGAUGCUGAACACCUGGAUAUCGACACGGUAGAGGAUUGGAGUCUUCUAAUUGCUGGUUUUGCUGCCGAGUGGAUGGAACUGGAAGGCUUCAUGCCAGAAACAAAAACAAAAAAGCGCAACUCUGACAAGACUGAAUUAUUUUCGGUCUAUCAAUCCGUCCUGUUUCAAUUUAUAUUUUUCUGUUCUCUGCCUUCGGUUUACGCCCCAAAGCUCAUAUCAAGCUGCCCAACAUAUACCCAGCCAUUUGCGCAAGACCCCAUGUUGGCUGAAGCACUGAGCGCAGCACUGCUGGCCCAGGGCAUACUCCUCGUAAUCCCCAAGCUACACCAAACACCAUUGCUCCCGUCACAAAACGCCAGUCAAUAUCAGCAACAGUAG